AUGAACGAAUUCUCGCUAGGCGAAUCGAUAGCAGCGCUCCAAUCAAUAAUGCUCUACGGGAUAAUGCGCGUCACGAUCUCCGGCCGUAGCUACUCCGAGAUCAACUCUAGCAUUGUCCGAACAAUGGAGAAACUCUCGUUCCGAUGGUCCGCGCUUACCGCCACUCCUUUCAGCACUCGUCAUACCCGCGACACGCGACCUACAUGGGAGGAAUGGAUCUGCGAGGAAACACGUCGGAGGAUCUCAGUGACUUGCUUCCUCCUCGCACUCACCAUCGGCAACGACCCUUCCAACCCAAUCGUCAAUCCUAAUAACCACAUCCUCCCCGCUAGCAAGGCGCUUUGGGAAGCCCGCACUCGGGCGGCGUGGGAACGGCUUUACGUCCAACAACAAACCAGCGACAGCGCACCGCGCCUCGAAACCGUGGGCGACUUUAUAAUCGCGAAGCUAGGUGGCGUAGGGCGGAGUAAAAGCGACAUGAGUGCAGACCUUGUGGAUGAUAUGAUAGGGAAGUGGUACGCAGAGAUGGACGGAUUGGGCAUGAUGCUUGCUGCUGUUGUUGCUAGUCUGUAG